AUGCCUCAGCAGGAGCCAGCAGCACCAGCAGAUGCUGGCAGGAUGACGACACCUAUGCCAGACCUUAAUGGUGCUCAUCUUGAGAUCGAGCUCACCGGUAGCAUAUCCGAAGGAAGAAUCGGUCUCGCAUACUCUGCUCGAGUUAUUCACAACACGGCAGACUUGGACCUCCCUGACCUUUGCAUCAAAUUGGUGAAGCCAAAGUAUGGCAGGACUUUGGCACGGGAAGCCUGGUUCUAUGAGCAGCUCGCUCGUGAACCAGGAUACGAAGGAGUGGUUACUCCUCGCUGUUUUGGGUUCUUCACUGUACCGCUUAAAGACUGCUUGGAUGUGAAAGGGCAACCUGUGUCACAUAUCAAACCUUGGGAGAAUAUUACCCUCAACCUACCGGAGCCAGAUCCCGAAGACACCGAUGAGUCAGCCCAGAAAGAGGAUAGAGAUUGGUGGCUUCCUAAUGAUCCUUCGGGUCUUGACGGUUUCUUCAAGGACGACGAUGGUUGGAAGAGUGGUUCACCUUGGAAUAAAUGGCGAGCUUCUCCAUCGGAGCCCUUUGUAUGUGUCCUUGUGCUGGAAAAGUUGGGCAAGUUCUAUAUCUCUCCACAAGAAUACAUUGGGAAUAAAGUAGACGAACGUGAGGAGGUAGAGCUCAAUGAUAUCCGCGAUGUCGUGCGUGACGUGAGUUCCACUAGAAUCUUGCACAGAGAUCUUCGGUAUUGCAACAUCGUGCGAGCCCCCAACGAUGUUAUUUGUUCUCGGCAUGGACGUGCGCACCAGUGGCGAUUGAUUGAUUUCGACAUAGCGGCGAAGGUAUACAUCUCGCCUGAGACCCCGGUGGAUUCCAAAUAUGCGCAGGACGCGCAAGUCAGAGUGAUUGGCACAUCUAGCUCCGGAGCCAUGCGGGGCGAGCUGCUGGGUUUCACAUCUGAGGCCGUGCCUCCUUUACAUGCUCAGUUGCUGUAA